UGCUAGAGUUAGUAAACAUUUAAACUCACACACUGCCGUGAAAAGUAUGGAAAAGGUAGCAUCUUUGCUAGUUUUGUAGAAAUUAGUUCGUUAUGCCCGUCGCUUGUUGUAACUGCUCGCUAACUGGCCGUUUGGUUCCUUUUGAUCGUUUUAAGUUGGUCUAAAGUUAGCUUGUCUAAGGUUAGCUGGGUUAAAAACAACAACAGUAAAUGUAAAGUUUACCUGGCAAAAAUAUUAGUGUUAGUCCUCUGCCGCCAGCGCAGAUGCCUCGUGUGGAAAAAUUAAAUGGCAAAGCGAAACAAAGACCAAAACUAGACUGGAGGUUCAUACAGAGGUUCUGCGGUAUCCAGAAGAUCCUGUUUCCAUCAUGGACCAGUCAAAAUGUCCUGAUGUUUGCGACACUGCUCUGUGUCACUCUGACAGAGCAGCUGAUCAUUUACCAAGUGGGUGUCCUCCCCAGUCACUUCUACAACGUGCUGGCAGACAAAGAUUACCCAGCCUUCAAGAGUCUGGUGGGCACAGCUAUUGUGCUCAUUUUAAUCAAUUCCACAUUGAAAAGUAUGGACCAGUAUAUUUGCAAUCAGAUGUAUGUUAGCUGGAGGAAGACGCUAACUGAGAGCCUCCAUACGGCGUACUUCCAGGGCAGAGUGUAUUACACACUCAACGUACUCAGGGAGGACAUAGAUAACCCAGACCAGCGAAUCAGUCAGGAUGCAGAGAGGUUGUGUAAGCAGAUGAGCACCAUGGCCAGUCGUCUGAUUGUUUCACCCUUCACACUGACUUACUACACCUACCACUGCUUUCACAGCACCGGCUGGAUCGGCCCUGUGAGCAUCUUUGGCUACUUUGUGGUUGGAACCAUUGCCAACAAAAUACUGAUGGGUCCGAUUGUGUCGACUCUGUUUGAGCAAGAAAAAUUGGAAGGAGACUUCAGAUUCAAGCACAUGCAGAUUCGUGUCAAUGCAGAGCCUGCAGCUUUUUACAGAUCUGGUAAAGUCGAGCACAUGAGGACCAACAGAAGAUUGCAGGCUCUGCUGCAAAUUCAACAGAGACUCAUAAACAAAGAGCUCUGGCUUUAUAUUGGGGUGAACACUUUUGACUACCUCGGAGGUUUCCUCAGUUACAUUAUAAUCGCCAUCCCCAUCUUCACUGGUAUCUAUGAUGAUCUCACUCCUGGUGAACUCAGUGCACUUAUCAGCAAGAACGCCUUCGUGUGCAUCUAUUUGAUAAAUGGCUUCUCGCAGCUAAUAGACCUGUCAACCACUCUGUCAGAUGUUGCUGGAUACACCCACAGGAUCGGAGAGCUGAGGGAGGUGAUGGAUGAUAUCCUACACAAGCAGUGUGACUAUGACCCGGCAUCAGGGGAAUGUUACGACUUUGACAGUGACUUCAAUGUCCAUGCAGACCCUGUGGACACUGCCUUCAUCGUCGACCAUCUUUCAUAUAAAUCUCCUUAUUCAGACGAGUUGCUGGUGGAGGAUCUGAGUCUGAAAAUCAGUCAGGGAACACAUCUGCUGGUGGUGGGGAACACAGGGACUGGCAAGACAUCUUUGCUGAGGGUCCUCAACCGACUCUGGGAGGCACAGAGUGGUUUUGUCCAGAUGACAACAUGUUUUGGGCCCAGAGGAACUCUCUUCCUGCCACAAAAACCUUACCUGACAGAUGGCACUCUGCGUGAACAGGUGAUCUACCCACUGAAGGAUAUUUACCCUGCAUCAGGGUCAGUGGACGAUGACAGAAUUAUUAAGUUCCUGGAGUUAGCUGGGGUGUCCAGUAUCCUAAAGCGGACGGGUGGGCUGGAUGAAAAAGUGGACUGGAGCUGGUAUGAUGUUCUGUCUCCGGGAGAAAUGCAGCGUCUCUGUUUUGCACGACUCUUCUACCUGCAGCCUAAAUACGCAGUGUUGGAUGAGGCCACCAGUGCUUUGACUGAGGAAGCGGAGGGACAGCUGUACCGAACCUGUAAACAGCUCGGCAUGACUUUGGUCAGUCUGGGACAUCGUAGCAGCCUGGAAAAGUACCAUGAUGUCCAGUUGAAACUUUGUGGAGGAGGUCGGUGGGAGUUAACUAAAUUAAAAGGAGCCAGCGGAAGCCCCAAUCUCUGAGAUGAAGCCAUAUAACCACAGAGUCAUUUCUUUUGAAUCCUGAACUGG